AAACAGCUCGUCAACCACCUCGGUAGCUUGCUAGACGACAUAGCCGAAAGAUUCAAGCUAUUUAUACUCUUUCGGUGUAUAUUAGCUGCUGUGUUUUAGACACACUUCUGUCGUAUCUACUUGUUAACCUAUAUCAUUUAAUAUUACGUUAUUUUUUAUUAGUCAGCUAUAGUAGCUGGCUGGUUAAGUUAGAACUAGCCUAAUCGCUAAUAAUAGCUAGCUAGCUAACAUCCCUGAACAUGAGCUCAUUAAACUACUCCCCUCUUGUUAAAGAAGAGGCAGUCUGCUGGACGGAGAAAGAAGCUCUGGGGCUGAACAUUGUCGUGAAAGAGGAGAAGGAAGAAGAGGAUGUCACAGUAAAACAAGAAGUAGAGAGUGAGGCUGUUAUCGUGAAAGAAGAAGAGAAAGACGUUUCAGUGAAAGAAGAGGAAGACGCUUUCAGAGUGAAAGAGGAGGAAGAUGUUACAGUAAAAGUAGAGGAGAAAGAGGGGGAUGCAGUUUUUGGAGUGAAGAAGGAAGGGGAGAUUACUGUCACAUUGAAAGAUGAAGAGGUGGAGAACGGGGAUCUGAUUAACACCAGAGAGAGACGGGACUAUCGUGGAUCCUCUGGGGAGCCUCAACAACCUCAUGAUGCUGAAGAGGCAGAGAAGAGUCUCUCCAGAUCAGAACACCUCAAGAAACACCAGCAGAGACCCACAGGGAAGAGAACUCACUGCUGCUCUGACUGUGGGAAGAGAUUCACCUCCUCGUCAGACAUUAAAAUUCAUCAGAGAACACACAUAGGAGAGAAAUCGUAUAGCUGUGGUCAAUGUGAGAAGAGUUUUAGUCGAUUUGGCCAUCUGACAUUACACCAGAGAACACACACAGGAGAGAGACCUUAUAGCUGUGUUCAAUGUGGGAAGAUUUUUACUCAGUCAACCAGCCUGAUAUCACACCAGAGAAUACACACAGGAGAGAAACCUUAUAGAUGUGGUCAAUGUGGGAAGAGUUUUAGUCGAUCUGGCUCUCUAACUGUACACCAGAGAACACACACAGGAGAGAGACCUUAUAGCUGUGAUCAAUGUGGGAAGAGAUGUACUACAUCUGGCCAGCUGACAUUACACCAGAGAACACACACAGGAGAGAAACCUUAUAGCUGUGUUCAAUGUGGGAAGAGUUAUACUCAGUCAACCAGCCUGAUAUCACACCAGAGAAUACACACAGGAGAGAAAUCUUAUAGCUGUGGUCAAUGUGGGAAGAGUUUUGGUCAGUCUAGCACUCUGACUCUACACCAGAGAAUACACACAGGAGAGAGACCUUAUAGCUGUGGUCAAUGUGGGAAGAGUUUUGGUCAAUCUUGCCAUCUGACGCUACACCAGAGAAUACACACAGGAGAGAAACCUUAUAGCUGUGAUCAAUGUGGGAAGCGAUGUACUACAUCUGGCUCUCUGACUCUACACCAGAGAACACACACAGGAGAAAAACCUUAUAGCUGUGGUCAAUGUGGGAAGAGUUUUGGUCAAUCUGGCCAGCUGACAUUACACCACAGAACACACACAGGAGAGAAUCCUUACAGCUGUGAUCAAUGUGGGAAGCGAUGUACUACAUCUGGCUCUCUGACUCUACACCAGAGAAUACACACAGGAGAGAAACCUUACAUAUGUGGUCAAUGUGGGAAGAGUUUUGGUCGAUCUUGCCAUCUGACUCUACACCAGAGAAUACACACAGGAGAGAAACCAUAUAGCUGUGGUCAAUGUGGGAAGAGUUUUGGUCAAUCUGGCCACCUGACAAUGCACCAGAGAAUACACACCGGAGAGAAACCUUACAGCUGUGCUCAAUGUGGGAAGAGUUUUGGUCGGUCUGGCCAGCUGACAUCACACCAGAGAAUACACACAGGAGAGAGACCUUAUAGCUGUGGUCAAUGUGGGAAGAGUUUUACUACAUCUGGCUCUCUGACUCUACAUCAGAGAACACACACAGGAGAGAAAUCUUAAAGCUGUGCUCAAUGUUACAAGAGAUACUCUGAUAAAAGAUCUCUGAUCAAACAUCAGAAAAUACAUGAAGGAGUUGUUUUGUGAUAUCUGUGAAUUUAUGUCACAAUGUAGUAUGUUUUAACAUUGUAGUAUGAGUAUUUUAAGGAAUUUCACAAUGUAGAACCCUAAACGUUUGCCCCAUUCAAUUGAUUUCAGCGUGAUAUGGAUAUUAGCCUUUAAAAAUAUAUAUAUAUAUAUGAUUAUUGUGGCAGAUGUUUGUGUAUAUAGUACAUUUUAUGUUUUCAAUUUAUCACAAACUGUUUCUGCAUUUGGACUAUUGAUUUGGACACGUUAAAACUGUGACAUUGGGGAUAUCCCACCUAGCAAAAUGUCGUUGAAAAUAAGACUAUGCCCGAGGUACAAUAUAAGUUCGGUUUUAGUUGAAAGUGAAAGUUGAAAAGAAGACAAUUUAAUUUCAAUGUACUUGCAGCCUAUACACAUGGUCGCAGUAUAAUGAAUUGAGUCUAUAAUCAGUUUUAGAGAUAGGAGUCCAGCUAGUUAUACACAUGGACGCAGUAUAAUGAAUUGAGUCUAUAAUCCGCUAGAGGGACAACUUCCUGUUGGAAUAAAUCAUCAUAAAUAUUAUGGAUUUGAAUCAUUUAUGAACAUACAAGUGUCUUAUAUCGGCUGAAAGGUUAAAUUCUUGUUAAUCUAACUGCACUGUCUGAUUUACAGUAGCUAUUACAGCGAAAACAUGUCAUGCGAUUGUUUGAGGAUGGCGCCCCACAUCAAAAUAUUUUUCAACUGGCACAGGCUUCAUGCAUUCACAAUUAACGAUUAAAUAUUCACUUACUUUUUGAAAAUCUUCCUCUGAUUUGUCAUCCAAAGAGUCCCAGCUAUAACAUGUAGUGUCGUUUUGUUAGUUAAAAUCCUGCUUUAUAUCCCAAAAAGUCUGUUUAGUUGGCGCCAUCGAUUUGAGUAAUCCCCUCGUUCAACAUGCAGAGAAAGGAAUCUGAAAAUCUACCCCUAAACUUUGUUUCAACAAGUCAAAAUGCGAUUCUAUUUACUCCUCAGACACCCUAAAAUGUAAUCAAACUAUAAUAUUUAUUUUGGAAAGAAGUAUGUUCAAUAGGAAGCCGAUUUAUUUUAGCAGGUGCGUAAUGUCUUUGUCCAAGACUGUUUCCCUCUACUAAAACUGAUAUUUCUUAUUCGUUUUUGAAGUUACAAGCCUGAAACCUUGAACAUAGACUGCUGACACCCGGUGGAAGCCAUAGGAAUUGCAUGCAGGGAGCUAAUUUUCAAUAUGACCUUUCUCUUGCAGGAUGGUUUCUGGAAAAAAACAAUUCUGGUUGGUUUUUCUUUGGAUUUUCUCCUACCAUAUCUAAUAUGUUAUAUUCUUCUACAUUAUUUUAGCAUUUCUACAAACCUCAAAGUGUUUUCUUUCCAAUGGUACCAAUUAUAUGCAUAUCCUGGCUUCAGGGCCUGAGCUACAGGCAGUUUACUUUGGGCACAAAAUAAUGUAUGAGACUAUACCACAAUUGAUAUGGCAGGCAAAAAUCCAAAGAAAACCAACCGGAAUUGUUUUGGAACUCCUAGGCUCUUAUAAUGAAAAGCUAUGGGUUCUAUGUAAUUCCAGCUCCCAGAUUGCAAUUCCUAUAGCUUCCACUAGAUGUCACCAGUCUUUGUUCAUUGUUUCAGGCUUGUUUCUUCAAAAACUAGCAAGAAUUUGAAGUUUUUGUACAAAGAGUCCCGGUACAAUAUCAGUCUGUUGGCGCGCGAUGAAGAGGACGCGCGCUUGCUAAUUUUACUUUUCUAUUGAACAUACUUCUUUCCGUAUUAAAUGUUAUAGUUUAUUUAUAUUUUAGGAUACCUGAGAAUUAAAUAGAGACGUAGUUUGACUUGUUUAUACAAAGUUUAGCAGUAGCUUUUUGGACUCCUUUGUCUGCACGUUGAAUUAGUGGAUUACUGAAAUCGAUGGCGCCAACUGAACUGACUUAUAUCAUGUUGUAGCUGGGACCCUUGGGAUUGCAAACAGGAAGAUUUUCAAAUAUAAGUGAUUUAUUUAAUCGCUAUUUGUGAUUUUUAUGAAGCCUGUGCUGGUUGAAAAAUAUGUUGUGGGGCGCCGUCCUCAAACAAUCGCAUGGUUUCGAUGUAAAGCCUAUUGUAAAUCGGACAAUGCAGUUAGAUUAACAAUAAUUUAAGAUACUUGUAUGUUCAUAAAUGUUUACUAUUAUGAUUAUUUAUUUGAAUUGCGUGCCUUCCAAUUUCACCGGAUGUUGUUGACAGGUGACCCGCUAGCGGGAGGCCUUAUUAAGGGGGAAGGUGAUUCAGGCUUUGGUUUUUCCAUUUAUGUUUUCUUGCUGGGGAACGUAACAACAAACAAUGUAGUAAAAACAAGCUGAUGUUUUGGGUUGGAUAUUGCCUCCAAUUGUUCAUAUUUUAAUCAAUGGCAUUUCCUUAGAUUGUUCAUUAGUCUUUCAGUUGUUAAUCUUCUGUUUUUUAUCCUCUUAUGUUUGUUGUGGUAAAUAUUUGUUUAUUUUCAUUGUUUUUUUCCCGUGAAGCCAUUGUGUUGCAUCAUGUCUGAAAUGUGCUGUAUAAAUAAAGCUUGAUUUGAA